UUUUGCUUGGCUCCGCACCCGCGCCCGGCUCGUCGUCAAUCCACCCAUCCAUCUACUGCGCCGAAGGAACGCCCCGCCGCUCCGGCGGCGUACGCGGGGAGAGGAGAGGAGAUGAGACGAAGUGCGACGGGGUGGGCAUGAGGUGCAAGAAGCACCCGUACCAGGUCGGCGGCGGUGGCGUCUGUGCCACGUGCCUCCGCGACCGCCUGAUCGCGCUGGAGGCCGCGCAGAACGGCGACGCGUCGUCGUCGCCGCCGCCGCCCGCCGCGGCGCCCGCGUUCCCGAGGUCGGUGUCCCCGUACGUGUCCCGCAGGAAGUCGGACACGUCGGGCGGGGGCGGCGCGCUCAGGCACCACCCGAGCCUGCUCUUCUUCCGGACGCCGCAGGUAGGGCCCGCCUACGGCGGCGGCGCGUUGGAGGAAGGCGACAUAGGCUACGAGUACAAGAGGCGGCGCGCCGGCAAGUUCUCCGUGCUCGCCACGCUCUUCGGCCACCACCACGGUCACAGAUCGGAAGAGACGCACCAGGAAGGCGCCACGGAGCGGAAGAAACAUUCUUGGUUCGCCGCGAUCAUGCCGCGCCGCCGCAAGAAGCAGGCGGCGCCGGCCUCGAUCACCUCGCCACGGUCAGCCCCGCCGAGGCGCUCCUGCCGCGUGGUCAGCAACCGGGGGCUGUCGCCGGAGCGGGACAGCCACGGCAGCGGCGACGAGAGCAGCUCGCCCGCCGCGGAUCCCCCGUGGCGGCCGUCCCCGUCCCCCAUGCGGAGGACCCGCUGCCGGCGCCGCCAGACGAACAGCAUGCCGUCGGGUUUCGCCGUCUGCCUCAGCCCGCUCGUGCGGCCCAGCCCGGGGCGCCGCCGCCACGUCCAGCCGCCGGACCCGGGCUCCUUCUCCUCCGAGUUCCGGCCGUCGCCGCUCCACAGUCUCUCGUCUGCUGCCUCCGUUACGCGCUGUCGCUCCAGGAAGCUCGCCGACGUCGGCCGCUUCCGGUGAUGAUUGCUUCCACCUUCACCAUUUUCGUCCUUCCAUUCCAUGCACCAAAUCCAGAUUAGUCCACGUUUUAAAAUUUCUUUUUGUUUUUUUUUUUUUUUGGAUUUAUUACAUUUUGUCUAUCCGUGAAGAAGAAGAGUAUGCAAGACUGGCACACACACCCCAAACCAAGUCCAAAACACCCCCGUUGACAUAUAUACUACUGCGUAGUUUAGUACUGCUUGUCGGCCCAACAUUUUGUGGCGAUGUAACGAGCUGCUUGUACUGCUUCCAAGUAACUACAUAUUCAUGUUUGUACAGCUACUUGUGUAAUUUCGAUUUCAUCUUCU